AUGGCAGUACAAGUCGCUUUACCCAAAUCAUUGAGUCUGGUGACAUUUGAAGAUGAGGUCGUGUACAUUUCUAAAGAAGAAUGACAGUUACUGGGCCCUAAUCAGAAGACUCUCUACUGUGAAGUAAUGCAGGAUAUCUAUGAGAUGGUCUCCUUUCUAGAAGUAAAGACCAAAAAUUACACUGCAAAUGAGCAGCCUAAAUAUUUUCUGCCUCAGAAAUCCAGAACCACAUGCAGAGUAUCGAAGAAGACUACAAUGAAAGUUGCCCAGAAAAGAGCACCCAAGGACAAUCAUGGUGACACGCACAGGGUAAACAAACAAGUUGGGGGUUUUCCAAGGAAAAAGAGAAACAAACUUUCAACUCAUAAACAAAAGCUUCUAAAACUUAGGGAUCUUCACAGGAAAGGUCACACAGGAAAGAAACCUUUUAAAUGUCAGGAAUGUGAGAAAAGCUUCAGAGUUAGCACUGACCUUAUUAAACACCAGAGACUUCAUACUGAAGAGAUGCCAUACAAAUGUCAACAAUGUGACAGAAGGUUUAGAAGUUCAGAUCUUAGUAAGCACUUUAAGGCACAUGAAGAAAUAAAACCAUAUAAAUGUUCAUGGUAUGGAAAAAGCUUUUGUCAUAACACAAAUUUACAUACACACCAAAGAAUUUAUACAAGAGAGAAGCCUUUUAAACGUUAUCAAUGUGAGAAAAGAUUUUUUCAGAACUCCCACCUUGUUAAAAACCAGAGAAUCCAACAGCCUUAUAAAUGAAGCAUGUGCAGGAGAAACUUUAGCAGGUCAAGCCUUCUUAGACACCAGAAAUUGCAUAGAGGAAAUGAAGCAUGUCCUGUCUCCAGUGUGAGAUUGACAGUACUGAAUAACAAAAGUGACGAAAGAUUCUAA